AGUAAAAGGAAGGAACUGGAAAUGGGCAAUCCUCAUGUCAUAGUGGUGCCUCAUCCUGCAAAAGGCCAUGAAAUUCCCCUGAUGGAGCUCUCAAGAUGCUUAGCCAAGCAGGGUUUCAAUAUUACAUUUGUAAACAUCGAGUUCAAUCAUAGGCAGGCUGGGGAUGCAAUGAGAAUGAGGAAUAACUUAGCGGGUCAGAUUCGCCUGGUCUCUGUUGCACUCGGGUUGGAAUAUGGGGAAACCAGGAAUGAGCCAGGGAAGUUGAUCGAAGCAAUCUUUCGGCAUAUGCCCAGGAAACUGCAGGAGCUCAUAGAGGAGAUCAGUGCAUCCGGAGUUGGCAAAGUUGCUUGUGUUGUAGCUGAUAUAACUGCUGCUUGGGCUCUGGAAGUUGCCAAAAAGAUGGGGAUACGAUUAGCAGCCUUCUUGCCAGCCGCAGCUGCCAUGUUGGCCUUGCAAUAUAGCAUCCCAAAACUGGUUGAUGAUGGGGUCAUUAGUAGCCAUGGAGUUCCAGUAAGAAACCAGAUAAUUCAGUUGUCUCCAGCCAUGCCUCCCAUAAAAACUGAAAGCCUUGUGUGGGCUUGCAGUGGCAACCAGACCAUGCAGAAGAUCAUUUUUAGAGCUAUGAUAAAAAAUAACAAAGCCUUGAAAUUUGCAGACUGGGUAAUCUGCAACUCAGUAUAUGACCUUGAGCCUGCAGUAUUUGACUUGUUUCCAGAUUUUCUGCCCAUAGGCCCACUUUUGGACGGCAGCAGACACCUCCAGCCAGAAGACAUAACAUGUUUGAAAUGGCUCAACCAGUGGCCCCCCUCCUCUGUACUAUACAUUGCCUUUGGAAGCCUCACAAUGUUUAAUAAAACCCAGUUUGAAGAAUUGGCUUUCGGGCUCGAACUCUCGAAUAAACCGUUCUUGUGGGUUGUGAGGCCGGGUUCCAUAGACAAAACAGCAGAUGCAUACCCUGAGGGAUUUCGAGACAGGUUAGCGGCUCGAGGGCUCGUGGUGGACUGGGCCCCUCAACAAAAGGUUCUUGGGCACCCUUCUGUUGCUUGUUUUGUGAGCCAUUGUGGUUGGAACUCUAUCAUUGAAGGUGUAAGCAACGGGGUGCCUUUCUUGUGCUGGCCGUACAAUGGUGACCAGUUCUUCAAUGAGACUUAUAUUUGUGACAUGUGGAUGGUUGGAUUGGGGUUUAACCGAGACAAAAAUGGGAUUGUUACAAGGGAAGAAAUUAGGAACAAGUUGGAUCAACUAUUUGAUGAUGAAUGUUUGAAAGAAAGAGCUUUGAAUCUGAAGGAAAUGGCCAUGAACUCUGUGAGAGAAGGUGGUAGCUCUAACAGGAAUUUCAGGAACUUUGUUGAAUGGGUUGGGGCUUAAAAAGACGCAGCUUAAAGAAUUUUUUAGGCUUCAUUUUGUGUGUGUUUGUUACUUUUCUGCCUGUUUAUGCUGUAAAGUUCUGUCAAUUUAAGAAAUUGCUAUGUAUCUGUAUGGGCAUGGUAGAUCAUCUUUAUGCAACAUGUAAAUCCAACUAGUUCACAGAAA